AUGGAAAGCGACAGGCAGGAUAACAAUACGCCUCCUCUGGAUAAUACAGUGCUACUAGAAGCCAAUGUGCCCGUAGUAUAUCCAGAUAUGCCCAUCUUCAAUGUUUUGACGCAAACGCAAAAGAUAUUGCUGCUCAUCCUUGUGAGGCUGCAAAUAAUGAAUCCGAGAUGGGCAUCGUACAGCGAAAAUUUUUUGGUUCAUUACAGAAACCUCACAAGCUCAGGGCCGAGUGUACGUCGAAAACCGUACGCAAGAGCCUUCCGAGACCUACACGAGAUGUAUCGCCGAUUGGAUCCCAUAAUAAUGACAGCGGCACGCAAGAUGUCGCCACGUGAUAUGCAGUGGAUAUCUGAGAUAGUAGCGGAAUCAUACAGGUUACUGGACAUACUGCGGAUCGGGGAAGAGCCUACAUUCGUACCAAUGCAAUUGACCGCAAUUAUCGACGGGCUCAGCGUGAACCCUCCACGACACAUGUUUCACCACCUGAGAGGGUGUAUGCAUGAUAUGGCGUAUUUUAAUGUGCGAAGAGGGUCAAUUGAGGGCAUGAUACGCUUUCGUAAUGCCCGCAACGAGAUAUGUUGGAGCCGGGUUCACGAGUUAAUACGCGACGGUUCGUUGAGCUUCGUUCCAGCUAUAUAUUAUACCAGAUUGAAUUCUCCGCUACAAUUCAGGAAUGGAAGUCUACGUGCCUCUAUAGGAAAUAAUUGCCCUCCACUCCAUUGCAAGUUUCAUCAGCUGUACUACACGUUUCCGCCUUCCAAUACGCUUUGA